AUGAUCGUGGCGAUGGCCAACACAUUAACGGUGUUCACGCUCUCGUGCCUGUUCUGGAUUGGAUCAGCUUCGGAACCUGUGGUGUAUUGGGAGUUACACCCCGGGGAACGUUACGAACUUGUUUCAAAGGAGAUCUCCGCUGACUUUGAGAAAUGUGAGAACAUAUGCGCCAAGGACGAUCCAUCUCUGCCGUGUAAAGCCUUCAACUACAGGGAGUCGGAUGGCACCUGUCAGCUGGUGUACAAGGACGGGGUCAAGCUCGUCCCAGCCGACGACUUCCAAGCGUUUGUCAAAUUUUCCUGCCUUGAGGAGGACUCGAAAAUGGAAAAGAGAUUCCUCCAUGAGCAGCGUCGUGAAAAAUCAAGUCUCAGAAUGCACAAAGGGGAAAUUGAAUCUCUGAAGAGGUUCCACGGACGGAUACGCCGUGUACAAGUAACAAAUCAGGAAGCAUCAAGGGAGGUACAACGAAAGGCACCACACGAGGAACAACGAGAGGCACCACACGACGAACAACGAGAGGCACCACACGAGGAACAACGAGAGGCACCACACGACGAACAACGAGAGGCACCACACGAGGAACAACGAGGAGCACCACACGAGGAACAACGAGAGGCACCACACAACGAACAACGACAGGCGCUACAACAAGACCUUCAGGAGCCACCACAGGAAAACAAGCAGAAGCCAUCAAAAGCACAACACCGAAACAACUUGAUGAAAUUGAGGACAACGCUGGGGCCGGAUCUGGGACCCUGUUGGAAAUGGUAG